AUUACGGAAGUAAACAUAAAAGAGCCCGAGACGUUUUAAAGCUGCGUCACUUAGUUCUCUGGUCUAAAAGUCUGUGUUUUGAGUCCGUCUGAGUUGGUGUCGGGUUAAAGUCGUCAGAGUGUCCGGUGAACGCAGCAUUAUGUCGGUGACGGUGAAGGCUUACCUUCUGGGGAAAGACGAGUCCGUGAAGGAGGUCCGGAGGUUUACGGUCGAUCACGAUGUUUCCUCCAGCUACGAGUAUCUUCUCCGGAAAACCACGAGCGUGUUCAGCAACCUGAAGGCCAUCAACACGUACUAUAGAGAUGAGGAUGAAGACCUGGUGGCGUUUUCCUCUGAUGAUGAACUGAUGAUGGGUCUGACCUGUAUGAAGGAUUCCACCUUCCGCCUCUUCAUCAAAGAGAAGAAGGAGAACCGUCGAGACUUCCCUCUCCACGCCUUCCCUCCCUUCACGUUCGGCCACCCUCCUCCUCCUCCUCCUCCACCACAUGGAGCUCCUCAGGCUGUGCCACAUCACAUGACUCCACCCCCCCUGCACUGUGACGUCACCUGUGACGGCUGCGAGGGUCCCGUGGUGGGAACCCGUUUUAAGUGCUCCGUGUGUCCCAACUACGACCUGUGCUCAUCCUGCCAGGCUCAAGGGACUCACACCGAGCACCCUCUGCUGCCCAUCUGGCACCCACUGCAGUGGUUCCCUCGAGGGAAGUGGAUGAAGAGGAUGAGACACUGCAUGUGGAACCAGAACCUGAACCUGAACCCUGCUCAGGAUCAGGACAAGACGGGGACCUCCAAACCUUCUGACAGCAGCGCCCCCUCUGCCUCACAGGCCAACGUGGACUACCUGAUGAACAUUGGCGAGGGGGUAGCGGCCUUGUUGAACCCACUGGGUAUUGACGUGGACAUCGAUGUGGAGCACGAGGGCCAGAGGUCGAAGGUGACCCCUCCUCCGAGUGCAAACCCCCCUACCCAGAGUGGUAAGGUGGAGGACAAGGUGGACGAAGCCCGCACUGAGGGGUCAAAGGUAAGCAGAGACUCUGAUGAGGAGUGGACUCACCUGAGCCCCAAAGAGGUCGACCCCUCCACCGGAGAGCUGCAGUCCCUGCAGCCCCAGGACCUGAACCAGGGUCCCCCCUUGGGACAGACCGGUCUGAAGGAGGCGGCUCUGUACCCCCACCUGCCUCAAGAGGCGGACCCCCGCCUGGUGGAGUCUCUGUCUCUCAUGCUGUCGAUGGGUUUCACGGAUGAAGGAGGUUGGUUGACUCGUCUCCUUCAGGCCAAAAACUUUGAUAUCGGUGCAGCGCUCGACGCCAUCCAGUACGCCAAACCGCCCCGCUCACACCAGCCGUGAUGCCACCACCUUUACUUCCAAACAUCUAACCAGGAGAUGAUUUAUACUACUAAUGCUCGUUUCAUUUAAUCAAUUAGUUUCAAUCUAAGAAAUGUUAUAAUCAGUACUUUGUUUAGUCAGUAGUUACUCAUUACUGUACUGCAGUUUUAUGUAAAUCUCAACAAUAAAAACAUGAACUGAA